AUGCCGCAAGCACAGACUCCGUCUUCAGUAUCAAUUGGUAAAAAACCAAUGGCUUAUCCUGCUCAACAGCAGCAGCAGCAACAACAACCUAGAACUGCUAGAGCCGCCUCAAAGGCUCCUUUGCCUUACCAACACCAGCAGCAGCAGCAGCAGCAACAUCCCAACCCAUCGCCGACCUCAAAGGGAAAGCCUUCUCCAAAUAAAAUUUGGAGUACAAGCACCACAGAAGAGCGUGAGCGCAUCAAGGAUUUUUGGCUUGGCCUUGGCGAGGAGGAGCGGAGGAACCUCGUCAAGAUCGAGAAAGAUACCGUCCUCAGGAAAAUGAAGGAGCAGCAGAAGCAUAGCUGUAGUUGUGCCGUUUGUGGAAGGAAACGGUGUGUACCAUCUCGCAAUGCCAUUGAAGAAGAACUCGAGGUACUGUACGAUGCUUAUUACGAAGAGCUAGAACAGUACGCGAAUUACCAGCAGCGUUAUGUUUCCUCCGGCGGCACCAUUCCGCCACCUCCCGGUCCAGGUCCUUUUCCAGGAAGUGUCGAACUCGAUAAGAACGGUGCCGUCGUACACUCAUCUCCAAAGCAGCGUUCCAAGAAGUCUGCCAUACCUCCGGUCCUCAACGGGCGAAAGCCUCCACACACACAUCCGCCUCCGCCUCCCAGAGAGGGUGAGUUUGAAGAUGAGGAUCAAGAGGAGGAGGAGUACGAGGAAGAGGAAGAAUAUGAAGAAGAAGAGGAGGAGGAGGAGGAAGAAGAAGAGGAAGAGGAGGAAGAAGAGGAGGAGCAGGAACAGCAGCAACCUCAAAGGCGAGCAGCCAACGGACGUAAACCGGUGGCUGCGGCAAGGCGUGUACCUCCCACUCAACAGAAACCUACUCCACCAAAUGCUCCGUCUCCCAAUGGAACUGUCCCAAACAAAGCCGGACGCGAUGGGCUGUUUAACAUAGGUAGCAGCCUUACCGCCACAGGCCCUGGAAACAUAUUGACUGUGGCUGAUGAUCUCCUCAAGAAUGACGGUCAAAAGUUUCUUGAGAUGAUGGAACAGCUUGCUGAGCGACGAAUGCAGAGGGAGGAAGAGGCAGCAGCCGAUGUUGAGGAUGACAGCGAGGAGGAGAGCGAUCGAGAUCCAAAUGAUGAAAGCGAUGAGGAAGACGACGAGGAUGGUGUGAGCGAUGAGGAAGACGACGAAGAGGAUGAGGAUGAGGAGGUGAUGACGGAAGAGCAAAAGAUGGAGGAGGGGAAAAAGAUGUUCUCCAUCUUUGCAGCACGGAUGUUCGAGCAGCGGGUUCUGCAGGCGUACCGUGAAAAGGUCGCUCAAGAACGUCAGCUUCAACUGCUUCGCGAGCUCGAGGACGAGGACAAGUUGAGCAAGGAGCGCGAGGCGAAGAAGCAAACCCAGAAUCAAAAGAAAAAAGACAAGAAAAAGCAACAAAAACAGGCCAAGGAGGAAGAACGCGCAGCCAAGGCUGCAGAGAAGGCCGCGGAAGAGGCUGCUGCCAAACGUCUUCAAGUCGCUCAAGAGGAAGAGAAUCGCAAGAAACGAGACGAGGAACGUGUAAAGCGUGAGGCGUCCCGGAAAGCUGCAGAGGAGGAGAGGGUCCGUAAAGAUGAGGAGAAACGGAAACGAUCUGCAGAAGAACGCGAGCGUGAACAAGAACGCGAGCGCAAGAAGAAGGAGAAGGAGGAGCGGAAUCGUGCUGAGCGCAAGGAGCGCGAAGAGAAAGAGAAGAUUGCGCGGAUUGCAAAGGAGAAAGAGGAUCGGGAGCGGGUGGAAAGACAAAAGAAGGAGGAGAGGGAAAAACGGGCUGCUAAGCAGAAGGAGGAGGAACGCGUGCAGAAGGAGGCCAGGGAGAAGCAGGCUGCUGCGAUGCAAAAGGCUGCGGCUGCGUCACCCAACGGCAAAGGCGCUUCACGCAUGAAUGCUGCUUCUUCCUCAUCGUCGUCAAUCUCUUCCCUAUCAACACCUGUGAAGGGUAAUGCAGCAGCGUCUGGUUCCGCCCCUCCUCUCCAACGAUCUCCAAACACCAGUGGCCACGGUGCGAGUAGUAGCUCAAAUGGUCCCCCAACAUCCAAGAAGGCCGUCAAUAAGGCUGCCCCCGUUGUUACACCCUCUGUUAGCACUCCCACCAAUCUUGCUGCUGCACCUCGCCAACAGCAGCAGCAUGCGUCUCGCGUUCAGCAGCAACAGCACCAGCAGCACCAGAAUCAGCCUCAACCUCUUUCCAUGGCUCCAACUCCAAUUAAUACCACCCUCUUACCUCCUCCACCGCAAAGUGCUCCAGGGAUGAUGUUCGCCCAAGGGAGUCUAGGCGGUAUGAUUCCACCUUUAGCCAUGUCACCACGCCCCGGCAGUUUUGCUCCACCAGUUCCCUAUCCCUUUGGUGCUCAGAAUAUGCAACAUCAGCAGCGAGGGUUUAACGGAGGACCGCAUCCAACAACGCCGUUCGAUCACCCUUAUCCUCGUGGUAUGCCUCUUGGUGUUCUCCCUCAACACCAACCGCCUCCAAUACAACCCCCACUGCCGCAGUCAGCGCCAUCACCGAUCGGUCCCCCGCCAAAGACAAAAACACCCCUACCAUUGAGCGUGCCGCCAUCACUAUCCGCUCCUGGAUCCUCUAUGCUGCUUGCUCCUGGUCAGGGAAGGAGAGGCUCCGUACCCAUCCUUGGAGGCCUUUCUGGAGACGUAGGAGGACCGUCAGGACCGGGACCCAUUACGCGACCUAUUAUUGCACCAAUCGCUCGCCCAGGCACAGGAGAAGGAGCUUCCGGUUCUUCUUUAAUGAACAACGCGCCUGGAACCACUAGUUCAGGUUCCGGUUCUCCCAUUCGUCGAAGCCCUAGUCCAAAGGGCAUGCUUUUGGGAUCGUCAGCAUUGGCCGCCGAUGAUGAUGAAGUGGUAUCGCCUGCUACUACUCGUAGGUCCACGGCACCGAUUGGGAUUGGGAUUGGACUUGGCUUGGGUGUUGGAGCUGUUGGACAAGGAUGGGGACCUGCAAGCCCGAGAACUGCACUCGGCAUGGGAGAGCAAAUACCACUGAGAGGUGGUGGGGGCGCACCCUGGGGUCCUCCGCCCGGGUUUGGUCGCGGGCACAUACACCAGCAACAGCAGGUGCCCAUUGGAAACUUGUGGGGUACACCUCCGCCCCCCAGUAACAGCGAGUGGCACCCACCUGGGACGUUCUUUCCUCCUCAUUCUCCUGCUGCGUAUAUGGUUAGCCAUAAUUCUUCGACGGCAACGGCGACUCAGCAUACGAGCGGCAAUUGA